AUGGCUUUACCAUUAAUUUCUACGGAACUUAUUGAUGAUGCUUUACAAUUGUUGAUGAAUAAUACACCUUCAACAGAUCGUUAUAAUUUUCGACUAUUAAAUCGUUUUGGUUUACAUCCCUCAAUAUGGGAAUUUAUACAUUACUUAAAACAUGAAGAAGCUUUAGUGUCACAUAGAAUUAUACAUUUAGAUGGGGGUGGUGGUAUUACUUCAAGUACAUUAGUUUAUGUACUUAUGCAAGCUAAGAGCAAAGCAAAAGAAAACGAAAACGAAAAACAACUAAUACGUUUACAAGAUCUAUAUUAUUCCAAUUGUAUUGGUCUAAAACAGUAUUUCACAUCUGUUACAUUAAUGGUCGGUAAAGUCGCAGAAAAAUGUACAAAUGCGAACAGUGCGGAUCAAGCAGGUGCAAAUGCACAUUCAGUCAAUAAUGAAGGUAUAGUUGAUUAG